UGGUUUGAUGUUCGUGGUAUCAUUAAUAUAAUGUGGGCUAAAUACAGCAGUACGUAUCUGGAAUCUAGUUUGUGGUGGUCUCAUUGGUACGGUAUUGGUUUGAAUGUCAAAGGAGGAGGUUGUGUGGAUAUAUGUAAUACCGAGAAUCGUGUUUGCACGAUCAAGUCGAGCAGCUUAGACAAAGAAGAAAUAAAUCAACAUCCAGGUGUAAUUGUUUAUGAGCUUGGCCUUCUACUCUGGAUAAUUUGUAAAACUACGAAUAGAACUUGGAAUACUUUUUCUAUCAACUUUUCAAGGAUGAGAAAAGAAAUUAUUUAA